AUGGCAACUGCCGGGAGCUGCUGGGGUGUUGUCAUGUCUUGUAAUGCUGGCUUCAGUGAUCGGGUUGAAUUUUGCUUGUUCUAUGUACAAACAUAUUCUGUUCUCAAUUCAAUUUUUCUGUGUUCCUACAAAAAUGUGGUGAAACCUAGGGUUGAAACUAGUUGGCAGACAAAUCGAUCAUAUUUUCAACAUUGUUUCUUCACAUUUGAAGACAAAUUGGCAUGGUUGCUAUUCUCCCCCCCGGGUUCUCUGACCUAUGCUGUCACUGCUUUGUAUAAGGUUGUGGAGCUUGAUUUUCUUUAUCCAAGUGAGGGCAUCCAUAGGUGCUGGGACAGUGGUUACCGAAUUACAUCGACAGCUGCCAUAUGGGAUCAAGCUGCCCUCAUUUUGAGUGUGCCUAGGCGCACACCUGGUGAUGAAAGGCAAGAGACCUUGCGUACAUCCCAAUUUCCGAGCACCCAUGUUAAGGAAAAGUGGCAAAAGAAUCUCUAUCUUGCUUGUUUGUGUUAUGGGCGGACGGUAUCUUGAUUCUUUUGUAAUUGCAAGGAAUUUCUAGGUCAAAGGAAAGUGAAAUUUUGGUGUUCCUCUUUCCCUAUCAUUUAUGUAGGAUUUCAUGUCGAUUGUAAAAAACGAUUGAGGAGCUUAGCUGCGGCUACAGCCGAGACGUGUGCUCCUAUGUAUGAUAAAUCGGUAUUAAAGCUGCACGUUUGCCUUUCAUUUUACCUCCUUGUACGAGUUUGUAAGAAAAAAAUAUUUCGUGGCCCACCAUUUUUGCUUUUUCUUGUUUCA